ACAGAAUCAGUCAACAACUUUUUUCGUUGGAACAGGAACAGAUCAAAGCCCAACACAGCGAUACUAAGCGAAACGUACCUUACAGGCUUGAUAACCAUUUUAAUAAAAUAAGUGAAGAAUGAAGAAACUUCUCCUGGUUUGCGUUGCUAUCAGUGUCUAUGUUGCAUGUGCUGGUGCGGAGAAUCAGAAUAAGAAUAAUCCAAUAAGAGCGGUGGCUGUUUUAACUGGUGUUCAUGGCAUAACAGGAACUGUCCAUUUCACUCAAACUGGAUGCGAUCAACCGGUGUUGGUUGAAGUGAAUAUAGGAGGCUUAAACACAACCGGUCAAGGAUUUCACAUUCAUGAAACAGGAGACUUGAGCAACGGUUGUACUAGUCUCGCGGCCCAUUACAAUCCACACAACUACAAUCACGCCGGACGUGAAGAUGACGAACGGCAUGUUGGUGAUUUGGGAAAUAUUUUUGGCAAUGCGAACGGAGUGAGCAAUAAGAGCUUUACUGACGAGUUGAUCUCAUUGUCCGGCCCUCACAGCAUCAUUGGCCGUGGAGUUAUCGUUCACUUAAAUAUUGAUGAUUUGGGCAGAACUGAUCAUCCCGACUCAUUGACAACUGGAAAUGCUGGACCCCGUGUCGCAUGUGGAGUCAUCGGUUAUGUAAAUAGUGACGAUCCGUUCCAAUGUCCACACAGUUCAGCCAAUAUAUUAUCAGCGGCCGCUCUCCACUUCCUACUAGCGAUGGCUUUCCUGUUCAAUAAAUUACAUUAAUUCAAUGUUAUCGACUGACAUCAACUUGAAUUAUUCAUCUUCAAUAGUCAGCUUAUUCUUUGCGGUACUAGAAUGUAGUUAGUGCGUAACAAACACUUUUAUUCAAAGAAUUGAACCAAAAUAAACUUUGUUUCUUUUUCA